AUGACCAAAGACUCGCCCGGCCCCUCGGGCGGCGGCGGCCGCGGGUCGCUCAAGAAGCCGAGCAGCCCGGGCCCGUCGGCGGUAAUGUUGGAGGAGCAGAGGCGGGAACUGGAGAAGCUGAGGGCCGAACUGGAGGCGGAAAGGGCGCGCGGCAGGGCCGAACGGCGACGCUCGGCGUCGCAGGCGCGCCAGCUGCGGGAGACAGCCGAGCGAGAGCGGCAGCACCUGGCUGAGCACUUGCGCUCCAAGUGGGAGGCCCAGCGCUUCCGGGAGCUGCGGCAGCUGCAGGAGGAGGUGCAACGGGAGCGCGAGGUCGAGAUCCGCCGGCUGCUGCGCUGGAAAGACGCCGAGAUGCGGCAGCUGCAGCAGCUGCUGCAGCGCGAACGGGACGGCGUGGUGCGCCAGGCGCGGGAGCUGCAGCGCCAGCUGGCCGAGGAGUUGGUGAACCGCGGAUACGGUGGCCACGCGGGGGCACCCGAAGGCCCCGCCGCAGCGCAGUGCCGCUGUCGCCUGCAGCAGGUGCUGGGGCAGCUGCGCUGGGACACGGACGGCGAGCAGGCGGCGCGCAUCCGUCACCUGCAGACAGCGCUGGAAAUGGAGCGCCAGCUCUUCCUCAAGUACAUCCUGGAACACUUCCGCUGGCAGCCCGUGUUGCCCGAACCCUCCUCGGACUCGCAAGCCACGCCGCCGGUCUCGCCAAAGCGGCUCCUAGGCUCUCGCCGUGCCCCGGAGCUGGCCUGCCGACCGGGGUCCCUGGAUAGCCUGAGCACCGGCGCGCGCGCGCGCUCCCGCUCUCUGGAUCUAGUGCCCGCCGCCCGCAACACCAGCUCUCCGAAUGACCCAUUUCCCACGCGCGCCAGCUCUCUGGAUUCGCUGGCGCCUGCGCAAUCCCGCUCAGGUGACAGCACCUCGAGCUGCCCCAAAGCCUCCGAGUCCGAGGCAAGGGCCUCCUCGACAGACGCCUCCAUUCUGGGCUCCCCCAGUGCUGUAUCGCCCUUGCCGCUCCCGCCACCGGCGACGCCGUCGCACAGGAAGCCCGGCGACCCUCGUGGAGAAGAGGGCUAUGGGAACAGCCAGCUGUGCGAAGCUGCCGCCGCCGUCACCACCACUACCUCCUCCACGUCCUCCUCCUCUUCCUCCUCGCCGCAGCCACCGCUGUCCGAUCCGGACUACCAGGAACUGAUGAAGCAGAACUCGGAGUUGAGCGAAGCGCUGCAGGCGCUCGCACGCCGCUUCUCGGGGCUGCAGGAGGAGAACGCACAGCUGCGGCGUGACGGCUUCUCCGGGCAGGCGGAUGAGAAGGUGAAGCGGCUCAAAGUGAAACACGCGGAGCUGACGGGCCUGGCGCUGCGUCUGCAGGAUCGUGCCCGCAAGCUACAGGAGACCAACCUGCGGGCGGUGAGCGCGCCGGUGCCGGGCCACAGCCACGCCGACCUGGAGCUGUGCCAGGCCUUCGCCCGCCAGCGUUUCCAGGAUCUGUCGGAGCAGGCGAGCGCGCUCCUGGCCAAGGACAAGCAGAUCCAAGAACUGCGACGCGAGUGCCACCUGCUGCAGGCGCGAGUCGCCUCCUUGACUUCCGCCGGCCCCUCGCAUCCCGCGGGGACUGCCUCCCCCGCCCAGUGGCUGGGCAUCAGUGACUUGGACCGACUCCAGCGCGAGUCCCAGCGGGAGGUGUUGCGUCUGCAGAGGCUAUUGAUGCUGCAGCAGGGACAGCGCCCACGGAGUGAGGAGGAAGAGGAGGAAGCGGUGCUACGGCAAGUGCGGGCGCUGGAGCGCCAGUGCGAGGAGCUGGGCGCGCAGGCGGCGGCGGCUAACCAGCGCGGCGACGAAGCCAAAGCACAGCUGCAGGCGGCCCUGCGGCAGGGCGCCUGGUUAGCGGAGGAGAACGCUCGGCUACAGGCGCGGGUCGACUGGAUGUGCAAGGUGGCAGCCGAGAACGGCGACGUGCGCGGGCGGCUGGGGCGCGCGGGCCAGGACCGCGAAGCCGCUGGCCUGCUGGCGGAGCAGCUGCUGCGACAGGCGGCGCGCGGACAGGACAGGCAGCAGCAGCUGCAGCACGACCUACAGAAGGCCCUGAGCGACCUCCAGGCCGCCCAGCAAGAGAUGCGGACCCUGCAGGGGCAGCCGGCCCGGUCUUCCAGCCAGCCCUGCGAGGCCCUCCUAAACCUGGAUUCUCCAGUUCGGUCCAGCAAGCCUGAGGAUUGCACACUUCCCUCUCAGAGCAGCGGAGACAGAUCCAAGAGGCCAGAGUCAACGCGAGGGAGCCCAGAGGAGGCAGCCUGGGUCCCACAAGAAUCAGACAGAACCCCCGCAUCCAGCCCAGCCCUGGAAACCAAGUCCCAGACCAGAAAAACCAGCUCCCAUUCCAACUCCUCCUCAGAGGUGGAGUCCCUGUGGGCCACUGUACCAUCCUGCCCAACCCUGGACAUGGACACCGCCAGUGAGGUGGAUGAUCUGGAGCCUGACAGUGUGUCCCCAGCCCUGGAGGCUGGGCCUGCCCAGGCUCCUACCACCCCCGAAUUCAAGAUCUUCUUGGCCAGGUACAGCUAUGACCCAUUUGAGGGCCCCAAUGAGCACCCUGAAGCCGAGCUGCCCCUCAAGGCCGGGGACUGUGUAUACAUCCUUGGAGACAUGGAUGAAGACGGCUUCUACCAAGGGGAACUCGAAGAUGGCCGCCGAGGCCUGGUGCCCUCCAACCUCAUUGAACAGAUCCCAGAGACUGAGAUCCUGGGCCGUCUCUCGUCCAAGGGCAGCGACUCCAGCAAUGACCCCAUUGUUCCCACUCAAAUGCCAGUUGCCUCAUUGCCUGGGGAGGAAGCUGUGGGUCCAGGGCCACCACACAAGACAAUGAAGGUGGGCUCCAAGACUGCAGUGGCUAUGGACACUGGUCAGCGGGGCUCACCACAGAGCCCCGGGGGGCAGGACUUCCCCAGACCCCUUCUGGUGGCCAGAGGGGCGCUCUGUGUGGCCCCAAUGCAGCUCCACCUGCAGGGUGUGACUGCCACCUCAGCCGAGAUUGCUUGGAUCUGCAGCAUCAGCAGCCAUCCCCAUGUGGUGUACCUCGAUGGCCAGGAGCAUGCCCUGACCCCAGCGGGCGUUAGUCACUACACCUUCCAGAGCCUGCAUCCUGGCACGCGCUACCAGGCCCUGGUUGAGGUCCGGCUGCCGUGGGACCUGCUACAGGUGCGCUGGGAGACCGUGUCCUCCACCAUCACCUUCGACACGCCACUAGCGGGCCCCCCUGACCCACCCCUGGACGUGCUGGUGGAAUACCAGGGCUCCCCAGGCCGCCUGAUGGUGAGCUGGCUCCCUGUGACCAUCGACUCAGCCGGCUCCUCCAAUGGGGUCCAGGUCACGGGCUAUGCUGUGUACGCCGAUGGGCUCAAGGUGGCGGAGGUCCCCGACGCCACUGCCGGGAGCACCCUCUUGGAGUUCUCCCAGCUGCAAGUGUGGCCUGCGUACCAGAAGGUCUCUGUGAGGACCAUGUCCCUCUUUGGCGAAUCCUUGGACUCAGUACCGGCACAGAUCCCCGAGGACUAUGACUCCUGUCCCCAGCUGCCAGAGGUUCCUCCAUUCAGCUACCCCUCUGGUGACCCAUCCACCUGCAGGGUCACCUUUCCUGUCGGUUCCCAGAAACCAGCCCUGGCUCCUCUUAACGCCAAGACCAACUCCUGCACCUCUGGCAGCUGUGGUGAACCCCGGGCUGAGUUCCUAGAUGCCUUCUCCGAAGAAUCCCUGAGCAGGCAGUCCUCUAGGUCCCACUUGAACUCAGAAGAAUAUCCAAACUCAGGGCCCGUAAGCCCAAGGCAGGCUCUCACCAAGGCUUGGGAGGCCUGCGGAAAAGAUCUGUCCUUCCAGAACCAUGGGUCACCUCUGCCCGAUGGCCACUCUGGGAGAGAGGAGGAGCAUUUCCGGCAUAGGAGCUCUGCUAGCCGACACCCCACCCCAGGAUGUGUUCACCUGUUCCCUGAGCUUAGGCGGGAGAAAGAAUUGGAUCAGGAAAAACCUUUCCUUGAGAAGGCCCUUGGGUCAAAGCAAGAUGCCCAGGUGUUUGUAUCUCGCCAGUUGGGUACCAGCCAAUGUUUCCCAACAGACUUCCACAACAUUGUGAAGGAGGAAGAGGAGGAGGAGCUAGGGCCCAUGACCAGCCCCGCGGUCAGGGUCUUCGUGGCUCCCUUUGAUUAUAACCCGCUCCUGAUGUCUCCCCACAGGGAGGCUGCCGGGGAGGAGCUAGCUUUCCAGAAAGGGCAACUGCUAAGAGUCUGGGGCAGCCAGGACCCCCGCGGCUUCUACCAUGGUGAAUGCAACGGGCAAGUAGGCACCAUCCCCGGGCACCUGGUGGCCGAGGCAGAGGCGGGCGCCCAGUGGCCCAACGCAGGUGCUUGGCGCUUCCUACCCGCCUUGGGCCACCACCUGGAGGCUUUCAAGGGGCUCAUGGGCCCCCGGGGCACCUUGUCCAGGCUUCAGAAGAACCUGAGAAGAACCACGCUGUGGACCCCAAAGACCAUGCUGGCAGCUCUGGACUACAAUCCCAAGGAUGGGCGGGCAGGGGGUGGCCGUGCCAAGGGCAAGCUGGCACUGAGGGCGGGGGACGUGGUCACGGUCUAUGGACCUGUGGAUGACAAGGGAUUCUACUACGGCGAGUCCGGUGGUCACUGGGGCCUGGUCCCGGCACACCUGCUGGAUCAAAUAUCCCUCCAUGGAGAAUGAAUGAGAAAGGCUACUUAGCUGUCUUCCCCUGGGAGGGGGAAAGGCUGUGGCCUCUGGUUACUUACAUCUUGCCAGAGAGGAAUCAAGUGCAUGGAUCCUUCCACUAGUAUCCCCCAUUCUCCACUCUCCCACACAAACACACCCUUUUCCCCAAAAGAGGCUAGUGUUGACCCUAUGGCAGUAUCCCCGCACAUCUCUAGUAAUUUCUGGAAGCAGCAGGGUUCACAACACCCCCAGGUUAAAACACAUCCAACAGGAAAACAGAGUCAGCCAGAACUGGCCACCAGGUCGUCCCUGGAAAUUGUCCAUGAGCAUGAUGAAUAUGUGUUGGAACAGGUGCUUUGGGUCCACAGGUAGGCGUUGAACACUGUUUCUCCGUGGCCAAGUGUGAACAACUCCAGAAACAUCUGCCUCUUAAAAACAGCGAACAGAGUAUUUUUCUACCUCAUGUUCAACCCCACCUCCUUCAUUAAAAUAUUCGUAGAAAA